AUGACUGCACUGAUGACAUUAAGCGGAGCGUUAAAAUCAACGCCGUCACUUGCCCUGAAUGUUAUUUUCAAUAUCUUACCUAUCGACAUCGCGGAGAAAGGCGAGGUAGCUGGGGCAGCUUUACGGAUAAGAGAACAAGGAAUUGUUAGCAGUUGUGGAGGGAUGCAAGAUUCCAUCCUCAGAGAAAUUGAUUUCAUUCCGGAUAUAACAGACUACUGUACUACAAUUACAAUUGUGGACAGAAAUCUUGAAUUAUUAAUUCCUUCUUGGGAGACAUGGAAAAACUACUCUGUAAAGAGUGAUAAUCGCCUUAACUUCUUUACAGACGGCUCAAAGUUAGAUGGACAAGUAGAAGGAGGAGUAUACUGCCCUGAACUAGAUCUCAGUAUGUGUUUCAGGCUACCAGAUCACUGCAGCGUUUUUCAAGCUGAAGUAUCUGCUAUAUUGGAAGUUUCAGAUUGGCUGGAACACAAUGUUUCCUCCGUUAAAUUUAUAAACAUAUUUACUGACAGCCAGGCAGCUAUAAAAUCCUUAAACUCGUCGACCUUCAACUCGAGGUUAGUACUGAAUUGUCUUACAUCACUUAUGGUGAUGGCUGAAUAUUUUCGGAUACGAAUUAUUUGGGUCCCUGGACAUAGGGACAUCCAAGGCAACUGUAUAGCAGAUGAAUUAGCAAGACAUGGUACGACAGCACAAAUUCUUCUGGAAAAAGAAAGUGUGUGUAUACCAGUUGCUUCUUGUCGGCACCGAAUAAAAUUAUAG